AUGAAUUAUAUCCUGCUGGGAGUACUGCUCUCUGUUUCGGGCAAUAUACUCAUUUCCAUCUCCCUGAACAUUCAGAAGCAGGCCCAUCUUCACUUGGGCUCCGAGCAUUACGCCCGCAACCUGAAAUGGCAGCUUGGCUUCGUGCUCAUGUCUCUUGGGGAGGUGGGUAAUUUCGUCAGCUACGGUCUGACACCCGUCAGCAUCGUGGCGCCUCUCGGCGUCGUGACCAUCAUUUCAAACUCCACAUUUAUUGCGCCUGUUCUGUUUCAUGAAAAGAUCCGGCGCAGAGACCUCUAUGGAACAUUCUCCAGCGCGAUCGGGGUGGUCUUUAUGAUUUUGUCCUCGGUAACUGAUUCCGCAGCACCGCCUAUCCAAGACCCUUUUUCGUACAUAGACUCCAUGGUCCUUUCGUUGCCAACACUCAUCUAUCUUGCAACCACGCUCUUCACCAUCGUCGUUCUCAUGUUCCGGCUGCGCAACUUGGAACGGUCCAUGACAUACAUCCUACUGCAUCUGUCGCUGGUGGCACUUUUCGGCACCUACACCGCGAUCUCUACAAAACUGCUGUCCUCGGUAGUUGAGUUUGUGCCUUUCAGCGAUAUAUUCGUCAAUUGGCGGCCUUACGUGCUGUUCCUGGUCAUAAUCGGCACGUCCGGGUUCCAGGUCCACUAUUUAAAUUCCUGUCUCAAAAUCGCCAAUGCCACCACAGUGGUGCCGAUCCAUUUUGUUUUUUUCACCACGGCUGUUCUGCUGUGCUCGAUUGUUGUUUUCAACGACUUUGCAGACAAGUCUGCCGCCCAAUGCAUAGUCUUUCUGGUCGGAGCCUUGCUCACGUUUUCAGGCGUGUUUCUGAUAUGUGGAGCUAAAACCAGUGAGAAUGAGAACGAUCUCGUUUGGCCAGAGCCGCCAACAUACAUUCCUGCGCACCAGCCUGUGUCAGAAACGGCUUCAGUGGUUUCGAUUGACGAGGAGUUGCCACCAAGACCACAGGGACUCAUCCAGACAUCAAAAUCAACACCAGAACUCAACAAUUUUAUAGAAAGUGAGCACUUCUACAACGCUACCAACAGAAGAAACAGCCUGUUAGAUAUAAAUAGGCCUCCUAGAGAUACAAAGCACCAAGGCUUGCGGGACCUUGGCCAUGGCUAUUUUGUCCUCGGCGGAGGAAGCGCACUCAUGAAUGCAAUUCUGAAAGACCAUUCGCAGACCCCAGAAACCCGCAGCCUGGCCUAG